AUGACCGACUGUCAAAGAGAUCGUACGUUCUACCUCGAGGAUAUCAUUCUGAGGGUCGAGGACACGCUAUAUAAGGUGCCAAAAGCCCACCUCGAGAACGGAUCGGAGCUGUUCCGUCAGAUGUUCACCCUCCCUGUCUCAGAGGGGUGUUCAGCCGACGGAGCGAGCGAUGGAACCCCGCUCUACCUUGAGGGAGUUGCAAAGACUAACUUUGCAGCAUUCUUGAAAGCAAUGUUUCCGCGGUACGCACUCACAAGCCUUGAAGAGGAUCUCUUCUUGGCGGUCGACGAAUGGGUGGCUGUGCUGAGACUCUGCGAGAUGUGGGGAUUCACCGACCUGCGUAAAGUUGCGAUCAAGCGGCUUUCGGUUAUGCGCCUGGACCCUGUGUUCAAGGUGUCUCUAGCCAUGACCUACCACAUUCCACGUUGGUUCAUUCCCGGGCUGGUCGGCAUUGCGCGACGGGAAAGCUCACUGGAGCCAAAGGAGGCAGAGCUGCUGGGAUGGGAUUGUGCGCUGAAGAUCGCGGAAGUGCGCGGGAGCUUUCCUCCUGCAGCAUGCUGUGAAUGUCGAUGCAAUGUCGGGCAUCUCAUCUUGCAUCCGCCCCUGUGUCCGCACCGUGCAGUCGAGCGAUUCCGCCAUGAUUUCACGCCAAAAAUUCUGGCAGUGUUUGGACCUGUCUCUGCCUAUGUCUAG